UUAAAACUGCUGAAGGUAAGAAGAGCGCAAAAGGACCUGUGGCCAUGAGGGGUGGUAAGCUGCUCCUUACAGUUGCCGUUACGGCUGUACUUCUGUUACAACUUGCACUUCGCCAUGGUCAACUGAGCGUCUGGCGACCUGGCGUCAACAAAAUUAUGCAGCCGCCAUGGUCUUGGCUGGACAGCACCGAGAACCCGCCACUAGAAGCCUGCACCAGCCACACCGACGACCACGCACGCAUUGCGUCGCACAUUAUCUCCUUUGGCAUCGGUACUGAACGACAUGUUAAACAACCUCUAGAGGAAGAAUUUGAACGUUGGCACAGUGUCCUCCUGCAGGGGUGUAACAAAUAUGAGCCUCGGAUCGCCAAUCCCCUCCUGAACUGGCGGACAGCAAUCAAAUAUGUACUGCCGGAGCUUUUCUCGCUGUUUAAGUCGCCUAAGUCCAUGCAGGCUGAAUCUCCUGCGAUAAGGGAAUUCAUCGGACGCGUGGAGAACAAGACUGCAUCGGCUUCUCGGCCUCUCAGCGCAGUGGCGGUGAGACAACCGCUGGCCAAACUCGCCUCCGCCUACAGAGACAAGAUCAUGGACGGGAAAGCACUCUUUGAAUAUGACGAUGACUGGCUGCCUGCACUCAUCUCCCAUCAUCUGCAUCGAAAUCGAGAGUUCAACCAAUCGUUAAGCAGGAUCAAGAAAGCAUACCAAGUGUAUAUGGAUAACUAUGUAAGCCCGUCGGGUGCUCUCUUGGCCAAGCCAUCACAAGAGGAAAUUAAGUUUUACGGUGUAGAAGAAAUGGAAAAUGCCUACCUCAUGAUAAAUAAGGUUGAUGUUUUCAAGAAAUUUGUUAAUGCCUACAACUUAAUCAACCCGGUACAACAGUUCUGGAACACUUCGUUCACUUUCAACCAAUUCCUGCGUCACGUGGGCUGGACCCAUGACAUGGCCAUGCCCGAUGAACACACAGAGAUGUGUUAUCAUUGCCGGAUGAGGUCCGACUACAUCCUCAAGCUGGAGACGAUCCAAAAAGAGAUACAACACUGGUUCUGCGGGAUGCUGGGCUUCCCGGAUGAGGUCAGCUUCCCGGUGAAGCACCAGAGCUACGCCCACCGCCUUAGCCGUUCUGACUGGGAGUACUACGCGAACGUGAGCAGCGAGAUGAUGCACCAACUCUUCGAUGUUUACAAGCACGACUUCGCGAUUUUCGAGAACAGUCGUGACUUGUAGUAUAAGAUACUGAGAUGGAAAGGAGUUUGCUUUGUUUACGAAAUAGUUUUAUUAGUAAUAUUGCUAUAUUUGCUACUAUAUAUUAGAUUUUCUGUAUAGC